AUGGUAGUCAACUCAGUACGCAGUCCCGCGUCGACAUCGUCGGAUGUAGUCGGCUUUGAAAGUUCUUCGGAGCCAACACCGUCUAUCGAUCGCCAAUUCUCCUACUAUCAUCGUCCACAUCCGUUUAUUUUUACCAUGUAUUCACCAAGCUACAACCCGUACUACGGCCCGUCGCAUCCCGGAGGACCGGUGUCGGCUCCGGGCCCUCCAUAUCCGGUAUACUCCGCAGCGGAUAGCUCCCAGGGUCACAGCACCAAGUAUGGACCUCCUCCUCCCAGUUCGUCCGGGUAUGGCGGUGGAAGUAGUGGCCACGGAGGCAGUUCCUAUGGACCGCCUGGACCCCCAUCAGGUGGUUACGAGUAUCAUCCCCCACCGCAUCACCCUCCGCCGGUGUCGCAUCCGAUUCCAAUCCACAUCCACAAAUCGAAGCCGAAGAAGGGCAAGGGAGCCGCCCUGUCUGCGCUGACACUGUUGGCGUUUCUGUACUUUUUGAACUUGCUGCAAAGCUGCUUGAAGGAGCACAUGGACACGAUGAAUCCGACCGUCAUGGUAAUGACGGCGGGAGCAACUCGCCGGAAGGACGUUGAAGAGGUGAUGAUAAGUGACAAAGAUGAAAUGGUCGGAGAGUACGAUGCCAAUGGUCCUGGCUAUGCGGCCGUUGACGGUAAAUACCAUCUGCUAACUACUAGUGGCAACCGGACCCCAGAAUUCGGCGGUGGCGGCGGUGGUAGCAGCAGCAAUGGCGGCAAACAUGUCUACCGGAUAAGAAAAACUGGCAACUCUGGUCAAAGGCAUCGCGAUGAGGAAGGUGACGUUAUCUAUUAUGAUUACUACUGA